CGUCAUUUCGUCAUCGAGCUUGCAAUUGAGAAGAAGAGCAUUUAAGAGGUGGACAGGGACAGCAAAUUGGAAGCAAUUGGAAGCACUUGAGCAGCCCUACGCCAUAGCCGCAACCUAAAGCUCCUUCGGGCACGAUCGGCUAAAACGGCACGGCACACGCAUCUCGAGCACGUUUUCACAAUCGAUUCACAAUAGAGACAAACUUCUCCUCUUUCUCCUCCGCAAGGUUCAGCCAGGAUCGAAGCCAUACAUAAGAGAGUGUGAAGUACGGAGCGAGUUUACAUCACCGAUCACAACGAUCUCAGAGACGAACAACAUCGAGGGAGGAGAAUGGCACAGGCGAUCCUCCCAUUACAUCAAACACCAACACAUACGACUCUCGUCAACAUACCCUGUCAAACCAGCAUCUCACAACCCUCCUCUACCCCCAGCAACCCCAAACACGCCCCUUCUCCCACCACAACAGACACCACAAUGACCAAACCCAAGCCAAACGCUGUUAUCACAUACUUUAAGAAGUGGAAAGGCAGCGGCACAGGCCUAUAUCCACCCGCUCCACCCCUCCCCUCAAUCCUCUACGCCUGGCUCGCCUCCUUCAUCGCCAUCGCAUCCCUCGCAGCGCUCCAAUACGACACUGACGGUGAACACAACGACACAGUAACGAUGCUCAUCCCGUCCUUUGGAGCUACGGCCGCAUUGGUGUAUGGAUGCUUAGACAGUCCGCUCUCAACCCCCCGCAACGUCUUUUUUGGGCAUCUUAUUAGUGCUGCGACGGGGCUUGUUUGUACGGGUAUUGCGCAGGCUAUUCUUCAUGCCUCGAGUUCGUCUCCGGAUCCGAUGCAUAUGGUCGAGCUUGGUCGAGAAUGGGUCUGGUUGGUGGCGGGACUGAGUGUGUCGACAAGUAUCGCACUCAUGCUCGCAACGAGGACGAUGCACCCCCCCGGCGGCGCAACAGCCUGCGUCGUCGCCCUAACCCUGACCUCCACCCCCUCCGCUUCCAAAACCUUCUCCAACUGGCCCUGGACCGUCGGAAAAGCAUUCCUCUUCCUCGCAUGUCCGGUCAUCACUGGAAUCCUCAUCCAGCUUUUCGUCGGGUUAUUGGUUAAUAAUAUCAGUACGAAGCGGACGAAUAGGAGGUAUCCGCCCUAUUGGCUUUGUCCGAAGAAGAAGGGGGAGGAUAAGGUUGUUUUGGCGGAUAAGAAGGCGGAGGGGAGGGAUGAGGAGGAGAGGGUUGGUGCGGGGGCGGGGAUGGGUGGGUUGUUGGCGCAGGCUGGACGGACGGCGUCUCAACAGCGAGAUGUGAGUACCAGUUCGAGUGAGACGGAGAGGGACCAGGAGAAAGACGACAUGGAGGUACAUGAGGAAGCGCAGACCGCUGAGUACUGGCGUAGACGGUGUGAAGAUGCCGAGCGAAGGCUGGAGGAGUUGGAGAGGCGGUUGUCUGAGUAAAU